AUGUGGAGCUCCCCGGGGCCCGUCUGGGCGUUCCUGGCUCUGGCCGUGGCCGUGGUCGUGCGCGCGGGGCCGAAGGUGACCCCGGCCGUGAAGUACACGAAACCAAAGCCCCCACAGCUGGUGGCCUCUCGCCCCCCUCCCACCCUUCUCCCGGGGAAAAUCCCAGUCCCGGCAGCUCCAGGUGCAGCUGAGUUACCCCCCCCGAGCCGAGGGGCCACCACGAUGUUCCCCUUCGAGAACUACACCCUGGACACGGCCGAGUUCUUCUUCAACUGCUGCGACUGCUGCCCCCCUUCCAUGGGGCCCCGGGGGCUGCCGGGGGAGCAGGGACCCCCAGGUCCCAAGGGGGACAAGGGAGAUGAUGGUCUGCCAGGUCUGCCAGGAGCUCCAGGCCCUCAAGGUCCAAAAGGUUCUAAAGGAGAGAGAGGAGGAAAAGGGGAGCAAGGCGAGCGAGGAGCAAGUGGAAAUCCCGGUUAUCCAGGAAAACCUGGGCUGCAAGGUGAAGCCGGAGCCAAAGGCAAUAAGGGCAACUACGGCUUCCCUGGGCUGAAGGGACAAAAGGGGUCCAAAGGGGACACUUGUGAGAACGGGACCAAAGGAGCCAAGGGGGACAGGGGGGAUCCCGGAGACCCAGGAGUGGUGGGAGAACAGGGUGACAAAGGGGAAAAGGGAGACACGGGGGAGAAGGGCUACUGUGGGGAGCCAGGGGGGAGAGGGGCGAAGGGAGACAGAGGGGAAGGGGGGACCAAGGGGGAAAAAGGGAGCAAAGGGGACAUGGGGGCUGCAAGUGGGAUUCGGGGGGUGGGCAACGACAAAACAGGGGAAAAGGGCGAGCGAGGAACUAAAGGUGAGAAAAGGGACCUGGGCCCUGCCGGCAUAAUGAUGGGACCAGGGAGCCGUUCCAAGGGGUUGGCAGACAACCAAGGGGGGCCGGGUGGGCGCGGGGCCAAGAAAGGGCUCGCGCGGGGUCCAAGGGCGCGCGGCGGGGACCCCGCCAAGGCCCCGAGAUCGGCCUUCAGCGCCGGGCUGUCCAAGCCCUUCCCUCCCCCCAACGUGCCCAUCAGGUUUGACAGGGUUCUGUACAACGAGCAGCGGGACUACAACCCUUCCACCGGCAAGUUCAACUGCUCCGUGCCCGGCACCUACGUCUUCGCCUUCCACCUGACGGUGCGCGGGCGGCCGGCGCGCGUCGGCCUCGUGGCGCGCACCAGGAGGGUGGCCAAGGCCAGGGACACCGUCCACGGGCAGGAGAUCGACCAGGCCUCCUUCCUGACCAUCCUGAAGCUUGGUGCAGGAGACCAGGUGUGGCUGGAGGUGGCGCGGGACUGGAACGGGGUCUACGCGGGCGCGGAGGACGACAGCGUCUUCACGGGCUUCCUGCUCUACCCGGAUGUUCUCGAGGUCCUGAGGUAGAGUUAGAGGGAGAAGGUGUCUUCUGUCGAGUGCAGAUACCCUUCCAGAAGAUUUGUAACGAGGACAUUAGGCCUUGUUUCGCUUAGGAAGCCUUUCCUGCCUAAGAAAAAAAUACCUUUUUAAAGAUAAUUUGGAUGUUUUCUCCUCUUGUGUUCCAGAGGAGAAUUACAGAGUCUGUGGUGGGAGGAGAGAUAAACUCACACAGGCUACAGGGGAGGGCCUGGCAAAGAUAAAAAAGCCUUGAAGAGAAUAGGAGGUGCUUUUUGCAGCACUGCUAGGAGUUUUUCCCUUGUAAGUCCAGUGUUCUGGACUUUGGAAUAAGUUUUCCAGAACUCCUUCCACUGCUUGGCAUUUUGGGGGUACCUGUGUGUUUUCUUA